GGCCGGUGGCAGGAGCAGGUCCUUUCCGACCCCAUGGAGCUCUAUGAGACGUCCCCCUACUUCUACCAGGAGCCCCACUUCUAUGACGGGGAGAGCUACCUGCCCGUCCACCUGCAGGCCUUCGAGCCGCCGGGCUACGAGCGGACUGAGCUCAGCCUGAGCCCCGAGGCCCGGGGGCCCCUCGAAGACAAGGGGCUGGGGACCCCCGAGCACUGCCUGGGCCAGUGCCUGCCGUGGGCGUGCAAGGUGUGUAAGAGGAAGUCGGUGUCGGUGGACCGGCGGCGCGCGGCCACGCUGAGGGAGAAGCGCAGGCUCAAGAAAGUGAACGAGGCCUUCGAGGCCCUGAAGAGGAGCACCCUGCUCAACCCCAACCAGCGGCUGCCCAAGGUGGAGAUCCUGCGCAGCGCCAUCCAGUACAUCGAGCGCCUGCAGGCCCUGCUCAGCUCCCUCAACCAGGAGGAGCGGGACCUCCGCUACCGGGGCGGGGGCGGGCCCCAGCCGGGGGUGCCCAGUGACUGCAGCUCCCACAGCGCCUCCUGCAGCCCCGAGUGGGGCAGCACCCUGGAGUUCGGCCCCAGCCCCGGGGACCACUUGCUUGCCGCCGACCCCUCGGACGCCCACAACCUGCACUCUCUCACGUCCAUCGUGGACAGCAUCACGGUGGAAGACGUCUCUGCGGCCUUUCCGGAUGAAGCCAUGCCCAACUGAGGGCGCCCGUGAGAGUCCCCCCCCC